CACAUCCCUUCUCUCUCUCUCUCUCUCUCUCUCUCUCUCUCUCUCUCUCUCUCUCUCUCUCUCUCUCUCUCUCUCUCUCUCUCUCUCUCUCUCUCUCUCUCUCUCUCUCUCUCUCUCUCUCUCUCUCUCUCUCUCUCUCUCUCUCUCUCUCUCUCUCUCUCUCUCUCUCUCUCUCUCUCUCUCUCUCUCUCUCUCUCUGUGGAAGCUACAUAAGUAUAUACCGCAUAAAAAACUAAACAAUGUCGACAGAGUUGACGGAGGAGGAGUCGUUGUCCGGCAAGGAUUACCAAGAUCCACCGCGUGUUAAAAUUUUCGAGGCGAGGGAGCUAGGCAAAUGGUCCUUCUAUAGAGCAGUGAUCGCUGAGUUCAUAGCUACUCUCCUCUUUCUAUACAUCACCGUCUUGACAGUCAUCGGUUUCAAGAGCCAGACGGAUCUCCAAACGGGUGGUGGAGCCUGCGCCAGCGUCGGCCUUCUUGGCAUCUCUUGGGCCUUCGGUGGCAUGAUCUUCAUCCUUGUCUACUGCACUGCAGGCAUCUCUGGUGGGCACAUUAACCCCGCAGUGACGUUUGGACUAUUCUUGGCUAGCAAAGUGUCGUUGGUGAGAGCUAUAUCAUACAUAGUGGCUCAGUGUCUCGGAGCGACUUGCGGAGUUGGUUUGGUGAAAGUCUUUCAGAAGACUUAUUACAACCGUUAUGGCGGUGGAGCCAACGUCCUCGCCGAUGGAUACAACGUUGGUGUUGGUGUUGGUGCUGAGAUUAUCGGCACUUUUGUCCUCGUCUACACGGUCUUCUCAGCUACAGACCCCAAGCGUAAUGCCCGUGACUCUCACAUUCCUGUAUUAGCCCCAUUGCCAAUUGGAUUUUCCGUGUUCAUGGUUCAUUUAGCCACAAUCCCAAUCACUGGAACCGGAAUUAACCCGGCUAGGAGUUUUGGAGCUGCAGUCAUCUACAACAAUCAAAAGGCUUGGGAUGAUCAAUGGAUCUUCUGGGUGGGUCCAUUUGUGGGAGCAUCCAUUGCAGCUUUGUACCAUCAGUUUGUGUUGAGAGCUGGUGCUAUGAAGGCUUAUGGGUCAGUCAGGAGCCAGCUUCACGAGCUUCACGCUUAGAAUUUGAUUUUUUUUCAAACUAUCUAAGUGGUGAAGAUUUCUUUGGGCUAGGAAGGAAGGAAAAAAAAAUAUCAAGUAAUAAUAAUAAAAUUUUAUUGGUGAGUAACAUUUAGUGUCGUAUUUGUUACUUUGAGGGGGAGGUUUGAGGGUGACUUUUUUUUUUUUUUGUAAAAGUAAAGGGUUAAACCCGGGUCUAUUAAAGACACAGACCUAACCCCCGGGUGGGAGGUGCAGCCCACGGAUAGACCCUCUCCCGGGUAUUCAAAUGGGCCGAAAUGCAAUAGCCCAUAUCCGUGUAGGUGACCAGGAAAAUAUGACUUAGUUUCGCAUGGUAGGUGGAUCGAACUUGAAAUGUGGUGACAUCCCAAGCCCUUCCCCUUACCACUUAGUUUGAGGGUGACUUUAUAAACCAAUUUGCAAUAUCCACGCCUGUAGAAUGUAUGUUUUCAUUUGAUGUAUUUGUGAUUUAUAUUCUGUACUUAUCAAUGCUUCUAUAUUUGAUGUAUGAUGUAUCAAAAUUAUUAAGUUUCUACUUAUUUAAUAUCA